AUGGACGAGCCGGUCGAGGGCCAGCAGUCAGGGCUCAACAUCUACACCCAAAUCGCAAUCUGCUUUGCAGUCGACGACGACUCUCUGUACCCGAAAAUCACCGGAACUCUUGAAGGUGGAGUCAAGAGACUGGCCGAGAACUUCCCAUGGAUCGCAGGCCAGGUCGUCAACGAAGGCGCCAGCGAAGGCAACACUGGUGUCUUCAAGAUUCGACCGUUGAAGGAAACACCACCCCUGGUCAUCAAAGACCUUCGGAGCGACCCUUCAGCACCAACCAUGCAGGGUCUCAAGGAAGCCAACUUUCCCUUCAGAAUGCUCGAUGAGAGCGUCGUUGCGCCCCGGCCGACCCUGCCCAUCGACCCCGCGCUAGCGUCAGAGCCAGAACCUGUCUUCAUCACGCAAGCCACAUUCAUCCGCGGUGGCGUUAUUCUCGCGUUUCUGGGUCAGCAUCAGACAUUAGAUGGUAUCGGUCAGACUCAGAUCAUUCACUUGCUAUCGAAGGCAUGCCGCAAUGAGCCUUUCACCGCCGAGGAGAUCACCACCGGCAACAUGCCGAAGCACAACAUCAUUCCCUUGUUUGACCACGACAUCCCCGAUUCCGAAGUUGCAGCCUUCCGUAAAACUGAACCCAUCGGGGGAGCUCCCGCGGACCCGCCAAAGUGUGGAUGGGCCUACUUCAACUUCCCAGCCAGCUCGCUCUCAUCUCUCAAGAGCCUCGCUAUGAAGACGAUCAAGUCAGGAUUCGUCAGCACUGACGAUGCCGUCACCGCCUUCAUUUGGCAAUCGGUAUCACGAAUUCGCGCUCCUCGUCUCAAUGACGAGGAUGAAGUCAAGUUUGCGCGGGCCAUCGACAUUCGCAAGUUCCUCAAUGUGCCGCAGACCUUUCCUGGGCUCUGCCAAAGCAUGACCUACAACUCUUUCAAUCUCAAGAAGCUCAUAGAAGCACCAUUAGGCGAGGUCGCAUCCGCCUUCCGAUCUUCCGCCGACCCACAGAUGGUGGUCAACAAAUUUCGUGCCUUCGCCACGGUGCUGGACCGAUCCGCGGACAAGAGUGUCUUCUCCUUCACGGGAUCGUCUGAACCUUACAAGGACAUCUUCUUCAGCUCGUGGGUCAAGAUGGACUUGUACAAGAACGAUUUCGGCCUCGGCCUCGGCAAACCCGAGUGUGUGAAGAGACCGCAGUUCACGCCCGUGGAGAGCCUCAUGUACUUGAUGCCGAAGACGCCGGAUGGCGAUGUUGCGCUGGCUAUUUGUGUACGAGAGGAGGACAUGGAGAAGCUGAGGGCCGACGAAACGUUCACUAAUUACGCAACGUAUAUCCCUUAG